UAUCACGUGACACACCAUUCUUCCGGUACAACAAGGAAGAGUGGAAUCGGAGAGAUGUGAUACCGCUAACUUGCAAAUAAUGUAGCUAUUGUUUCGUUGUGUAUCUAUAUUAAUAUAUUUAGCCUCUGACAAUGUCAGAAUCACCAGAUACACGCAGUUUGGUUUCUGCGUCAUCCCAGCUCAAUUUAAUGGAAAUAGAUACGAUCGACGAUAAAGAGUUUGACAUUCCCCAAGUUGACACCCCGCCUACAUUGGAGAGCAUCCUGAAUGAGCCUGAGGAUGAGGAGGAGCCCUUCAUCCUGGAGGACACGUGUCUGCUGAACACAGAGAACAUUGACGCCCACUCCUGUGAGACCUCCUCACUGGCCAGCUCCGACAGCGGUGACCGCACACACCUCAAACGGAAGAGGAAGACAGUGGAGCUCAGCACUACAGUCCAUGGCUCUGUGCUCCGACACAGCAUCUUGAAAGGCAUCUCUGCUCAGAUAGUCUCAGCUGCUGACAAAGUAGAUGCUGGACUGCCAACUGCAGUAACUGUGUCUGGUGUGAUCGUAGUGGGAACGUCUCAUGGCCUGGCUCUAGUGUUUGGAAAAGAUCUGAACCAGGCUCUCCGUUUGUGCUUGGGAAGCACGGCGACAGGGGCGGAGUACGGAGCCGUCUCCGCCCUCAGCAUCAACCACGACUGCACCCGGCUGCUCUGUGGCUUCGCCAAGGGACAUAUCACCAUGUGGGAUCUGGCCAAUGGGAAGCUUCUGCGAACCAUUACCGACGCCCACCCACCCGGCACCGCCAUCUUACAUGUCAAGUUCACCGAUGACCCUACGCUGGCAGUGUGCAACGACAGCGGUGGCUCUGUGUUUGAGCUGGCUUUCAGGAGGUUGAUGGGGAUGCGUACAUGUGAGUCUCGUUGUCUGUUCAGUGGCUCUAAGGGAGAGGUGUGUAAUGUGGAGCCUCUCCUUACCGCCCCGGACCUGAAGGAUCACCCCAUCACACAGUACUCUCUCCUGGCCAUGGCCUCUCUUACUAAGAUUCUAGUGAUCGGACUGAAACCUUCUCUCAAAGUGUGGAUGACAUUUCCCUAUGGCAAGACGGACCCAACCAGUGUUCCCCAGCUGGCCUGGCAGUUUGUCCCCGUUCAGAAGGUGGUCAACCCCGUCCUGGCAUUCUGCAGAGGAGACACCGUACACUUCCUGCUGGUGAAGAAGGAUGAGACCGGAACCAUCCAUGUCAUCAAGCAAAGACAUCUGCAGCUGAACUGUGACAUCAUCAGUCUGAAUUGGAUCAACAGUCGUACCCUGGUGGUGAUGGACAGUGGGGAGAAGCUGCGUGUGGUGGACCGACCCAGUCAGGAGGAGCUGGAGAGCUUGGACGUGGCUGAGGUGCAGCUGGUCUACAACAGCAGCCAUUUUAAAUCGCUGGCAACGGGGGGAAACGUCAGCCAGGCACUGGCCCUAGUAGGAGAGAAGGCCUGCUAUCAGUCUGUCUGCAGCUACGCAGGACAGAUGGUGAUACUGGGGACCAAGUCAGCCCACAUCCUGACUCUGAGGAACUGGAGGGAGCGGGUGGACUGUCUGUUGAAACAGGAACGUUUUGUUGAGGCUCUGUCCUUGGCCUGGUCCUUCCAUGAGGGCACCGCCAAGGCUGUACUGGGGCUGUUUGGGGACCCAGCAAAGAGGAAAGGUGUCGUGGCAGACAAGAUGAUAGAGAUUCUGUUCCAGUACGUGGAGCGCUCAGUGAAGAAAUGUCCAGAACACGGCAAGAUACAGGUGAUGGAACAACAUUUCCAGGACAUGGUGCCUGUCAUGGUAGAUUACUGUCUGCAGCUGCAGAGGACGGACCUACUGUUUAACCAGCUAUAUACCCGCCUGGUGGAGAACUGUGUGGCUCGGGGGGUCUUCCUGGAGAGUUUGGAACCCUACAUCGUGUCGGAGCGUCUGGGCUGUGUGACCGCUCCCGUCAUGAGAGACCUGCUGACCCACCUACAGGAUAACAACAUGAUGGACAGUGUAGAGAACUGUCUGAUACACCUGGACAUCACCAGCCUCGACAUACAACAGGUAGUCCAGAUGUGUUGGGACAACCAGCUGUAUGAUGCCAUGAUCUACGUGUUCAACAGGGGAAUGAAUGACUACAUCACCCCUAUGGAGAAACUCUUCCAGGUCAUUGGCCCCCCGCUGAGAGAAGGCAGGGCCCUCACAGAUGAACAGGUGGUGAUGGGAAACAAGCUGCUCGUUUAUAUCAGCUGCUCUCUGGCAGGCCGGGCCUAUCCACUAGGAGACAUCCCAGAGGACCUGGUGUCUCAAGUCAAGAACCAGGUGUUUGAGUUCCUGAUCAGGCUCCACUCUGCGGAGGCGGGUCAGGAGGAGGAGUUGUACCCUUACAUCAGAACCCUGGUCCACUUCGACACACCAGAGUUCCUCAACGUUCUGGCCCUGACGUUGGAGGACUUUAAGAAUGACAAGCAGGCUCUGGAAUACCAGCAGAGGAUUGUAGACAUUUUACUGAAGGUGAUGGUGGAGAACAGUGACUUCACUCCCUCUCAGGUGGGCUGUCUGUUUACCUUCCUGGCCCGCCAACUGGCCAAACCUGACAACACACUCUUCGUCAACAGGAAGCUCUUCGAUCAGGUUCUGGAGUUCCUGUGUAGUCCAGACGACGACUCCAGACACACAGAGAGACAACAGGUGCUGUUGGAGCUGCUGCAGGUGGGAGGUGUGGUCCAGUUUGAUGAGGGACGACUACUGGGACUGGCUGAGAAGGCAGAGUUCUACCAGAUCUGUGAGUUUCUGUAUGAGCAGAAGCAUCUGUAUGAUAAGAUUCUGGACUGCUACCUCAGAGACCCUCUGAGAAAGGAAGAGAUCUUUAACUACAUCCACAACCUGCUGUCCAUGCCUGGCUACAGCUCAGAGGAGAAACACUGUGUCUGGGACAAGGCCCUGCUACACAUUGCAGAGCUGGUGACCCUUGACCCUGCCAAGUCAGCUGACCUGGUGGCCAUGCAUUUCCCUGAGGAAGUACGACCCAUCAUCACCAGACUACAGGAUGAUCACCUAGUGUUCCAGUUCCUGAGGUGUCUUUUGGACCAGAGUGCUACCUCCAGGGAAGGCCCUCAUCCCCAGGCUCUCCUAAGACUGAGCCCCGACCUGCAUGAGCUCCACAUCGGCCUGCUGUGCCGCUUCACUCCCCGGCAGCUCACUGACUUCCUCAAGGCCUCUCAGGACUACAGACUAGAGGAGGCCGUCCAGAUAACAGAACAGUACCAGGUCCAUGAAGCUACAUCCUAUCUGUUGGAAAAGAAAGGUGAUUCUCAUGGAGCCUUCCAGGUCCUGUUGAAGACGCUGAAGGACAAACUCAGCGCUGUCACCUCAGAGAAAAGGAGUGAAGAUGAGGGGGAGACCGAGAGGGAGGAAGAGAGUCCACUGCAGAGAGUGGAGGGGUCAUUGGGUGACAUCAUCGCUCUGUGUCACAGGAGCUCCCAGAGUCUCAACCAAGAACAGAGAGGGGUGCUGUGGUUCCCUCUGCUAGAAGCUAUGAUGUCACCACAGAAGCUGCUCAAGGGACCCGACACAUGCACUACAUCAGAGGUAUUGAAGGAGCUCACCAUGAAGGUCCUGAACAGUAUGAGUAGCUUCAUCCCCCUGCCUGCUAUCAUCCAGCGCAUUCUACAGGACCCUGUGUAUGGUAAAGGAAAGUUGGCUGAGAUACAAGGCCUUAUUCUGGGUAUGCUGGAGACCUUCAACUAUGAACAGGCGUUACUGGAGACGACCACCAGUCUGUUGAACCAUGACCUCCACUGGUCCCUGUCUCACCUGCUCAGCAGGGGGGCUCCACCCCGUCAGGACCACUGUAACAUCUGCCUGCAGCAGUACAGGAGACGGCAGGACAGCCCAGAUGACAUCAUCAUAUUCAGUACAAUGUUCUGA